CGCUAAGAAGAGCCUGGUUCGUUCCUGAAUGAGUGCUUGCCAGUGUUUGAAUGUUUUACUAACCCUGACUAGUAUUUCUGUUAUUUACUACAUGGUAUAGUAAGUGUGCUUUAAUUAAGUAAGAUAUAAAAAAUGGCAGGAAGUGCUGGAGAGUGGUGUCUUAUGGAAAGUGACCCUGGAGUUUUCACAGAACUGAUAAAAGGCUUUGGAUGCAAAGGAGCACAAGUUGAAGAAAUCUGGAGCAUGGAGCCUGAGAACUUUCAAAAUCUGAAACCAGUUCAUGGUUUAAUAUUUCUCUUCAAAUGGCAACCUGGUGAGGAACCAGCUGGAUCUAUCGUACAGGAUUCGAGGCUCGACCAGAUCUUUUUUGCAAAGCAGGUAAUCAACAACGCAUGUGCGACCCAAGCCAUCGUCAGCGUGCUGCUGAACUGCUCUCAUCCUGACAUGGAACUUGGCGAAACGCUGACAGAGUUCAGAGAGUUCUCACAAAGCUUCGAUGCUGCAAUGAAAGGUCUCGCACUCAGUAACUCUGAAGUAAUUCGACAAGUUCACAACGGCUUUGCCAGGCAGCAGAUGUUUGAGUUUGAUACUAAGUCAUCGGCAAAAGAUGAAGACGCUUUCCAUUUCGUGAGCUAUGUUCCUGUAAACGGUAGACUCUACGAAUUAGACGGACUUCGCGAAGGACCUAUCGACCUCGGCACUUGCAGCCAAGAAGAUUGGAUCAGUGCAGUUCGGCCAGUAAUUGAGAAACGAAUACAAAAAUACAGUGAGGGAGAAAUACGUUUCAAUUUAAUGGCCAUCGUAUCGGACCGUAAGAUGAUUUACGAGCGUAAAAUCGCAGAGCUACAGGCUCACCUAACAGAGGAAGAGCCAAUGGACACAGACCAAAGUGCAAAUCUUUUGAGUUCUAUCCAGUCAGAGAUCGCCAAGUACCAGCUCCUGAUCGAGGAGGAGAACCAGAAAUUAAAAAAAUAUAAAAUUGAAAACAUUAGAAGAAAGCACAACUACCUACCGUUCAUCAUGGAGUUACUGAAGACUCUUGCUGAGUAUCAACAACUGAUGCCAUUGGUUGAAAAGGCUAAAGAAAAGCAAAGUGCCAAAAAGAUCCAAGAAGCAAAAUAGUAUCAACACACUGCAGUACUUUGUGUAAUUUUCCACAAUAUCUCUUAAUAUGUACUUUUGCCUUCUGUAAUAAUAAUAAUAAUAGUAAUAAUAAUUGACACCUAGAAAAUGAACUUGUGUGGUCGCUGUGAUGUUCAUAAGACUUCAUGUUUGCAUGCAGAAAGAUGUUUAAAUAAACCAUGUCUUAUUUUCA